GUCUCCUUUCUUCACCACCUUUGCGCAUUGCCGCUGCUUGCGCUCUCACGAAUAACGACCUGAACGAGUUCCUGUACAUUCUCUGGAUGCAUUGUAUAAUCUUGUAAUACCAUUCGGCCCAGUUUCAGUCAACCUUUGUUUGUUUUGGACCCAUCCGCAUCAGCAUUUGAUUCAUGACAAUUUCUUCGCGAUGUCCGGAGCAUUGAGCAAGCGGCAGCAGGCGCGCAACGAGCGCGCCCUUCAGGAUCUCAUAAAGUCAGUACCAGGGAACAAUGUUUGUGCGGACUGCCAGGCGCGGAAUCCAGGAUGGGCAAGCUGGAGUUUGGGCAUAUUCCUGUGCAUGCGGUGUGCCGCCCUGCAUCGGAAGAUGGGUACACACAUCAGCAAAGUCAAAUCGCUAAGCAUGGAUUCAUGGUCAAAUGACCAAGUCGAAAAUAUGAAGCGCGUUGGAAACAUCGCCUCAAAUCGAAUAUAUAAUCCUCAAAGUGCGAAGCCGCCCAUCCCGUUCGAUGUUGACGAAGCAGACUCGGCGAUGGAAAGAUUCAUCAGGCAGAAAUACAUGGAACGGGCAGUUAAGGCUCCUGUACGAAAUAAUACAGGAAGCACAAACUCCGACGACCAACCACCCCCUCUGCCACCGAAAACUGGUAGCAGGUUUGGCUUCAGGUCGGCAUCGUCGAUUUUCCCGCUCUCUUCGAAACACCGCCGGGAGGCAGCGCAGCCCGAUUUCGAAAACUCUGGACAGAGAACGCCAUCGCCUCCAAGAAAUAAGCAAUCUAAGGUAUUUGGUUUUUCUGUAGGAGCCGGAGACUCGGACGAUCUGGAUUUGAAAAUGGCCAAGCUACAGGAUAUGGGCUUCAGGGACGAGAAGACGAACAUGGCAAUCUUAAAGGGGCUCGGGGGCAAUUUAGAGAAAACGAUUGAGACCUUGGUCCGUUUUGGAGAUAGCGGCACUAAGGGUCUGAAGCCCCCAGAAGCAACUCCUACUUCUCGAUCAAGAUCGCCGAUGAGCGCAACUGCUGGACUGACAAUAAAUCGGACACGAGAGCAGCCUUCGCAACAGUCGAGCAAUCCAUUUGAUAUGCUGGAUGCACCACCACCCGUUGCACAACCUCAAUCUUCUCAAUCAACUGGAUCCAUGGCUCACUCACAAAAUCAGAUGAUGGGAAACAAUCCAUACCAGGGAGCAAACUCGAACCCUUUUGGACUUAUGCCAUCUCAAUCCCAAUACAACCUCAACCAAGCCUUCCAGAACAUGUCAGUUUCGAACUCACAGCCUCUUUUCCCGAACCAUACUGGCGGUUUCCCAGGUCCUCAACCCCCGCAAAAUCACCAACUCUACCAACAGUCGAUGACUCCCCCAGUCCCUUCUCUGCCUCAACAAUACUACCCCUCCGUCAUCUACGAGAAUCCUGGGCAGCAACCUGUGCAUGAAAACUAUAAUCCGUUUAUCCAACAACAGAUGCAGCCUCAAAUACAGCGACAAAUGCAACAACCACCACCUCUAAAUACAAACUCCCAGAGUAAUCCGUAUAACCAACAGGUCUCGACACCACAGAACCUAUAUCAUAGUCCGUUGGAGCAAGCACCAAGUCAACAGUAUCCAACGACGUACUACGGGAACAAUGCUCAGCAGAUGAACCCGUUCCUUAAUCAAACUGCUACCCAGCAACAGAUGAACCCUUUCUUUACCCAGGAGAAUGCGCGGCAACAAAGUUAUCCCCCAAUGAUGGCACAGCAGACCGGAAGAGCUGACAAACGGAGUAUCCUCGACCUCUAUAACUAUCCGCAGUUAGCGCCAACCCCUCUGUAUCAGCAGCAGCAACCACAGCAGGAUCAAGGGCAGACACAAAGCCAAUCUUCGAAUCAGGGGAUGGGGGAUUUCCAGCAGCAGAGAAGUGUGUCGAGUCCUCUGGGGACACAAGCAGGCAGCAAGAACCCUUUCGCACUAGGUGGAGGAGGCGUCGCACAGAAUCCUGCUGGAGAUUCGGUAGGAAAUAUGCCGCAAUUCGCGCCGAACCAGAAUGGGCCGCGACACGCAAGUCAAGAGUCUGUGAAUGUGGAUGGAGGGUGGCAUACUGGGAAUGGGCGGCAUAGCCCUGACGCAUGGGGCUCGAUAAGUGCUAGAUCUUUGAGAUAGUAUCAAUGAAUACGUCUUCUGAGGGUCUUCUGAGGGUCCUCUCUGGGCCUAUCAACUUAGGGUUCGCUAUUGGUAGGCCGGAUCCGGAUCCGAUCCUCUUUCUGCCGUGUGAGACGCAUGUCCAAAAUCAGGUCCUUUUUCAACGUCCACGCAUGCCGAGGC